AUGUCUCAUCCAACAUCAUCAACAGUUCAUUCAUUUAAUGAAGGAGAUCAUCAUACACAUUCAUUUAUUCCAAGACGAGAACGAACACUUUCACAAUGUGAACGAACAUUAAAAAGUCCAACUUAUGAAGGUGUAAUUCAUGAAUUUUGUCGUGAAAAAGGCUAUGGUCAUAUUCAACCAUAUGAUAACUCGAAUGAGCUUAUUUUUGCUCAUGUUUCUGAUAUUGAAGAUGAUUAUGUUCCAAAAAAAGGUGAUACUGUAUCAUUUAAAAAAAUGUUAAUGCCACCAAAGAAUGAAAAAGUUAUGGCUGUUCAUAUAAAACUUCUUCGUUUAGCUGAAGGUGUUAAACAUGAAUCAUGGGAAGAAGCUGUUGAACAUGAUAUUGAACAUCGACGACCAUCGCGAUCGAAUUCAGUCCAAUUUCCAAAUGAUCAACCUGAUCAUGUUCAACAUUCAGUUUCUCAUGCUAAUUAA